CGUGAUCUUUAAUAUAGAAUAUUGAAUAAAGGAAGAAAAGUUAGGAAACGUGUUGAAGAAAAAAAAUGGGAGGGAGUCAGUCCACUGUUGUGCCUGGAGGGGGUACAGAAGGUUACCAUGUCCUGAAAGUACUGGAGAAUUCCCCUGGCUAUCAUGCAGGGUUAGAGCCUUACUUUGAUUUUAUUGUGUCUGUCAAUGACAUUAGAAUGGAUCAGGAUAAUGAUACAUUAAAGGGUAUUUUGCAGCAAAACAUUGAUUCACCAGUUAAACUUGUCGUUUAUAGUUCCAAGUCUCGGAAUACCAGAGAAGUGAUGUUAACACCUUCAAGUAGUUGGGGCGGUCAGGGCUUGCUUGGAGUGAGUAUACGAUUCUGCUCAUUUGAAGGUGCCAGUGAGAAUGUAUGGCAUGUCUUGGAAGUUCAGCCAGACUCUCCUGCUGCAGUAGCAGGUCUUAUUCCUCAUACAGAUUACAUAUUGGGAGCUGAUGUUAUGGGUCCUGACGACAAUGACCUUUAUUCUGUUAUUGAAGCACAUAAUCAGCAAACUAUACGUCUUUUUGUCUACAAUUGUGAUACUGAUAAAUGUAGAGAAGUAGCAUUGACAGCUAAUUCUGAUUGGGGAGGAGAAGGCUGUAUUGGGUGUGGUAUUGGUUAUGGAUAUCUUCAUCGUAUUCCUGUACAACCUUCGCCAACUCCUGUAGCUACUAGUCACUCCUCAUUGCCGGUUAGUCGGCCAGUUCCUGCUGUCUCAACUAGUAGCGAGGCUCCUAGUUUACCUGAAGUACCUUUAGUAGUGCCUUCUACACCUGGACACGAUGAAGUAGUAAAUGGAAGUGGACUGGAGACUCUCAAUAAUUCUGCAAUUUCUUUAACUACAAGUGUAGCUGUUUCAACGGUACCUACUUCACCACCUAGUCUAUCAAUGCCGGGAGUAUUGUCACCAUCAUUAGGAUAUUCACUUCCUGUGCCAACACAGUCAGGUACUUCGGUUGAAGCAAUAACGUCUAAUAUCGCUACUGUCUCUAUUCAGUCGAUGCCACCUGUUACAGUACCUUUUACAACUUCUGAUACAGCUACCCCUUCAAUUAAUUUUUUAUCUUCUUCUCCACCUACAAUCAAGUUAGGUGAUCCUGCUAUGACAAACCAGUAAUUAUAAUUACAAUGUAUUAUUAAAAAUUGUUUAAUUUCGAUUGUAAAAAAUU